AUGCAGCGAGUACGGGGCGGAACGGCUCCAGACAUCGAGUCAGCUCUGCCGCAUUCGUAUGGAGAAGAGGAGUUGCAACUACAAUUGGCUCUGGCUAUCAGUCGCGAGGAGCAUGAACAGGAGAUGCGAAAACGGCAAGAGGAGGAAGCCAAGGAGGCACUUAAACUGCAGAUGGUUCUUGAACAGAGCAAGCGCGAAGAACAGAACCGUGCAGCUGCACAGGAGACUUUGGUUUCUACGACACCUGCCGCCACUACCAACUCCGCUGCCGCGCCCGGUGGCAGCCUCUUCAACCUCAUCGACACCUCGCUAUCGGCGGCGCCCGCUAACGCGCCUGAUCCCUGGACUCCUGUCGCUCUGCCAAUCAAUCCGCCACCCAGCAGUCAACCUCGGAACUCGCAUCUCCCUCGUCAGAGUCAGUCUUUCGCUGUGGAAGACCGCUCGUGUGUCGCUGCUGCCCCUCCUCCUUCCGCUGCAUUGUCUCUUCUUGAUGACGCGUGGACACCCAGAAUCCCCGCGCUUUCCCACUUCCCUGCGCCUUCUAUCAAAACCCUUGACCUCCGUCCCGCCUUCAUCCUUCUCCGUCUCCAGGCCGGCACAUUCCCCUCCUCAUUCCCCCUCACGAUCACGCCAUCUCACCUCAAUCGUGCUAGCCUCCCACCCUUUCUCACCUUUUUGUAUCCUCCCUCCUUACAGCAUCCUCCGGCACAAUCAGUAGAGAACGACAACAAUCCCUGGGCCUCGUUGGAUCCCCUGCUGGCAUCGGGGCCAACCAAUGGCCUGCAUCCUUCGCCCCUCCAAAACGGUAAUGGCCUCUCCGCGACCCCUGCAGCGGCUCUAGGCGGUGCUAGUGGUGGUGGUGGCGCAACAACCUCACCGGCAACG